AUGAGUGAUUUUGACGAAGAAGGUCAAAUCGAAACCCAGAUCGAUGCUCCCAUCGAAGACAUUAUACGGGAUUCUGAACUUACUACCACAACUGCUGAUAAAGAGACUUUGAAGUCUGCAAAUGAAUUAUUAGACUCUCAAGAACACUCACACAGAAUCGAUCUUUCGUUGCAUUUAUACUCCGCCUAUCUUUUAAAGAGGCUACUAUACAGGGCAAACGAAAAAAAACAUUUUUACGAAGUGAAUCAGUUUGUGAAGACUCAAAUUAAGGAUAACUGGACCAGCUGGCCUAAUCCUAAUACGAUCAUUGACCCUCAUGUAGACAAAUUGUACGAAGAUAUACCGGAAAGUGUCGAAAGCGUGACUAUGCAACCGGGAGAGGUAUCAAACAAGGCUUUAAUUCACGCCUCAGAUAUGAUGAGAGUUGAGCUAGCUGCUCAAUGGCAAAGAUAUCUCUUCAAGUCAGCAUUGGAGCAUAAUGUAACGCUAGAUGUGGAUGAAUUGAAUAUACCAAAUGAAAUAUCUCAGCAUAUUUUAGUUAAACUGGAUAGCCUAUUCGAGGGAUUACAUGAUAAAAUAGCUAAAGAGAAUGAAUUUGAUGUAAGGCAAGAUACACACUCUAACAAUAUAAAAGUGAAACAAAUAGAUGAUGAGCCCGUACAGGCCAAUCGACGAAUCAAAUUCACAUAUCAUGAUUUAAUUUCAAGAGGAUGUGAAAUGAAUGAGGAUAUGACUGAAAUCUAUAUGAAAUCAUUAGAAUUAUAUAAUGAUAUUCCAGAAAAGUUUAAAAGAAGGAAAUUUAAACUGCCCAAGCAGAUUCUGAAAAAGUAUAGUCAACCAAAGAAGACUAGUUCAUACUUGAAGGUGUUAUUGAGCAAAACAAGAGAAGAUUAUAUACCAGUGGAAAAGUUACUAAAAGAUAAGCGGUUGACAUCAAAGGAUAAAUCCAAGCUACAACGCCUAAAUCGCCAAGAGACAGAAGAUGCCAUGAAUAAAAGAACCUUUUUUCAAGUCAAGGGCUACUCAGCGGAUGAGAAUGAGAUCUCUGAUUAUGACUUAGAAGAUUGUCUCAUAAAGCUUCCCAGUGGCAACUACUAA